AGCCAGGAGCGUCCAUCGGCGGGAAAACACUGAAAACUGGAGCAGGUGAAAGAAAGAAAAACCUAGAGAGACGACGACGACGAGGUCCGUCGAGGCGGGUUAUCGUAGCAAUGGAGCAAAUUGGUUGAGAAAAGCCAAGAUAGACAGACGAAGGGUUUCGCUGCGAGUCCAGGACUGCCUAUAUAUACAACAAAGCCUCGGCUCCCUUAGACUUCUUCGUAUCACUUCCCACUUCAUCGGCCGCUGAAAAUGUCGGACGGUCACUUCUUCAACAACAUCUCCCUUGGCGGCCGCGGUGGCACCAAUCCUGGCCAGAUCAAGAUUACCUCGGCUGGUAUACAGUGGAAGAAACAGGGAGGUGGUAAAGUUGUGGAAGUUGAUAAAUCUGAUGUUUCUAGAUUGUCCUGGACAAAGGUACCAAGAAGCAAUCAACUUGGUGUCCGUAUCAAGGAUGGAUUGUACUACAAGUUUACUGGCUUCCGUGACCAGGAUGUUAGUAGCUUGACCAAUUUUUUCCAAAGCAAUUUUGGAAAAACUCCAGAAGAGAGGCAACUUUCAGUCAGUGGACGCAACUGGGGGGAGGUUGACUUAAGUGGCAAUAUGCUCACUUUUAUGGUUGGCUCAAAGCAAGCAUUUGAGGUAUCCUUGGCAGACGUUUCACAAACUCAGAUGCAAGGCAAAAACGAUGUCAUCUUGGAGUUCCAUGUGGAUGACACAACAGGAGCUAAUGAGAAAGACUCACUGAUGGAAUUGAGUUUUCACAUUCCCACUAAUAACACUCAAUUUGUUGGUGAUGAGAACCGUCCUGCUGCUCAGGUCUUCCGUGAAAAGAUUAUGUCGAUGGCGGAUGUUGGUGCUGGGGCUGAAGAGGCUGUCUCCCUGUUUGAGAAUAUUACUGUUCUGACGCCAAGGGGUCGGUACAAUGUGGAACUUCACCUAUCAUUCUUGCGUCUCCAAGGGCAGGCCAACGAUUUCAAAAUUCAAUACAGCAGCGUAGUUCGUCUUUUUUUACUUCCGAAGUCUCACCAGCCACAUACUUUUGUUAUAGUUACUCUUGAUCCACCCAUCCGAAAAGGACAAACUCUAUACCCACAUAUUGUCUUUCAGUACGAUACAGAACUAGUUGUUCAACAAACAUUAUCAAUUAGCGAUGAGCUUUUGAAUGGAAAGUACAAGGGCAAAGUGGAGGCAUCUUAUAAGGGACUUAUACAUGAAGUGUUCACUGCAAUACUACGAGGUUUAUCUGGUGCCAAAGUAACGAAACCAGGGAAAUUCCGGAGCUGUCAAGAUGGGUAUGCUGUGAAGUCAUCCUUGAAGGCUGAAGAUGGGCUCCUUUAUCCUCUUGAAAAGAGCUUCUUCUUCCUACCUAGGCCUCCAACCCUGAUUCUUCAUGAGGAGAUUGACUAUGUGGAAUUUGAGAGGCAUGCUGCUGGGGGCUCAAAUAUGCACUACUUUGAUCUCCUAAUUAGACUAAAGACUGAGCAAGAACAUCUGUUCCGGAACAUCCAGCGGAAUGAGUACCAUAAUCUGUAUAGCUUCAUCAGUGGGAAGGGUUUGAAGAUAAUGAACUUUGGAGAUAUGAAAGCUGCAAAUGGGGUGGCAGCUGUUCUACAGAAUGAUGAUGAUGAUGACGCGGUUGAUCCUCAUCUCGAGCGCAUUAAAAAUGAAGCUGGUGGGGAAGAUAGUGAUGAGGAGGAUUCCGACUUCGUUGCUGAUAAAGAUGACGGAGGCUCACCUACAGAUGAUUCUGGAGAUGAUUCAGAUGGCAGCAACAGCGGAAAUGAGAAAGAGGGUGCUCAAAUGCAGAAGCCUAUUAAAAAGGAUUCUGCAAAGGAAGCUUCAUCUUCCAAGCCCAUGUCAAAGGGAAAGAAAGUCAGAGAAGGGGAGGAAGACGGCUCGAAGAAGAAGAAACCGAAGAAGAAGAAGGAUCCCAAUGCACCGAAGAAGGCUCUGUCUGGUUACAUGUUCUUCUCCCAAACAGAAAGAGAGAGUGUAAAGAAAAGUAACCCUGGGAUUGCAUUCGGGGAAGUUGGCAAAGUGCUCGGAGAUAGGUGGAGGGCGAUGUCAGCCGAGGAAAAAGAGCCAUACGAAGAGAUGGCUCGAGCAGACAAGAUACGUUACAAAGACGCAUUGAGUGGUUACAAAAACCCACAGCCGAUGGACAUAGACUCCGAACACGGCUCCGACAGUUCGUAAUCAGUAAGAAGGUUAGUUAGCAGUCCGUUUCGAAACUGUUGUGGGAGCUCCGAUCCUUACACCCCGAAUGAUAUUGUUAAACCGGUUCUGUUUUUCGGUGGAAACCUCGGUAGUCGUAGCAUUAGUCGUAGUAGUAGUAUUGCUUAUUAGCUAUUUGGUCUGUUGCAUAGCUGCACUUGUUCCGUCUUGGGAUGGUUCCUUGCUUGCAGAGAAAAUAACGGUAGUAAGUAACAUGUUCCAUGAUGCAUAGCGGCAGAGGCAAACCUGUGAGCAAUUAAGUGCACUGCCCAUAGAUUCCACAACGUGGCAUAUGCUGAAGUGUUGACUAGGGACAUUUCAUAAUUUAAUGUUUUUCCGUAUAUUAGUAAUAAUUUAUUAUUGAUACCGUGUUGAUGUUAUCCAUUCGGGGAGCAAUUUCUGUACUGGAAUAAAUUGAUACGUACGGGG